AUGAACCCCAGCCCUGGCUGGAGAUGCCAGCCCAGACAACACCCCUGGGGUGCCACAAAGGACCCAGGAGAGGAGGAUGAAGGGACCAACUGCUCCUUUGCUGAAGGUCGGGAGCAGCAGAGCCGAGCUGUGAUCCGGAGCUAUGCUCUGCUCUGGCUGGUCAAACGGAACCAAGCCCGUCUUCCUGGGAGGUUUGGUCCCCUUCAACCAGCUAUAGCAGUGUGGAAAACACCAAGGCAGGGAGGUUUGCCUCCCUGUGCCCCAGCUCAGCCCCACCAGCCCUUCCUCCCCGAUGGAUCUGCCCCGGCUCCGCACGUCUCCGGGGGCGCGCCUGGGGAUGAGGCACCUGGACAGCUCAGACCCCUGCUCCUCGUGCUGCUGGCCGUGCUGUCAGCCAGCAGUCCUGCCCAGGGGAGGGUGAUCAAACCUGGGCUCAAGACAGGGAAUCUCCUCAAGCAAGCAUCUGCUGGAUGCCUGACCCAAAAAGACUCAAAAUUCCCCCAAACUGUGAGAGUCAACCUCAGCAUCAGCAGCACGAACCAGGAGACCAAAGGCAGUCUGAAUGUCAGCAGCCGCUCUCUGUCCCCGUGGGAUUACAGGAUCGACGAGGACCACGACCGCUUCCCGCGGCUGCUGGCGCACGCCGAGUGCCGCCACUCGCUGUGCGUGACCCCGCAGGGACAGCUGGACCCCGGCCUCAACUCCGUGCCCAUCCAGCAGGAGAUGCUGGUGCUGCGCCGGGAGCAGAGGGGCUGCCAGCAAUCCUACAGGCUGGAGAAGAGGAUUGUCACCGUGGGCUGCACCUGUGUCACCCCCUUGGUGCAGCACCAAGCCUGA